GAAAAGCAGACCACUAAUUAUUAUAGAUUAAUUUAUUAAUUAGGUGUUGGGAAUUAUAGGAAAGGCAAAGCAAAUAAAGAAAGAGAGUGACAAUCAUUCUCUUUUCUUUUCUUAAACAAUACCCAAAAUUCACUCCUUCAUCUAUCAAGCUGUACGUAGUCAAUCUCUCCUCGAUUCGGCUCCCCAGGAAAAAAGCAAAAAGGGUAUGGCAGGAGAAGAUGGUGACUUGCCGAGUUUGACGUUGCAAGUCAGUGAACCUCAUGAAACGUGGAAGCAGGAGAUGGAAAGGCGACAGUCCCAAGUGGAUGUGUUACAAGUUAAGCUUAUGGAGGUGAAGGCUUGUAUGCAAGGGUCAGAGGGAGAUGCAAAGAAGGAAUUGGAGGUUCUUUGGCGAAGAGUGAAAACAACUGCGACAUUGUUGACCUACUUGAAAUCAAAAGCGAGAGUCAUGGCUGUUCCUGAUUUAGCACACACUUCAUGUGGAAUAAAGGAACUAGAAGGAGUGGGACUUGUUGAUAGGAGUGGAACCCCACUGUCCAGCUGGUCCAGGAAUGUUGAUCUUCCUUCAUUUGGUCCAGAUGAAGAAGCAUGUAUGAGACUUGGACAGCAACAAGGAAGCUACGAUGAACAAGAUGAAGCUUAUAUUGGUGAAUUACUCAAGUGUGUGCAGAUGGUAUCGAAUGUGAUGGAAGGCCUUGUUAAAAGAGUUAUAAUAGCAGAAUCAGAAACUGCUGUUGAGAAAGAUAAGGUAACUUUAAGCCAGGAAGAAAAUAGAAGGAAAGCAAUCCAAAUUGAGAACAUGUCUUCAAAAUUAGAGGAGAUGGAGCGGUUUGCUCUGGGUACAAAUGUUAUUCUGAAUGAGAUGCGGCAGAGGGUUGAAGAUUUGGUUGAAGAGACAUCUAGGCAGAGGCAGCGCGCAGCAGAAAAUGAGCAAGAGCUUUGCCGAGUGAAAAGGGACUUUGAGUCUCUCAAAUCCUAUGUUAGCAGUCUUAUUAGUGUCAGAGAGACACUUCUUUCAUCAGAGAGGCAAUUUCAAACUAUUGAGAGGCUUUUUGAGCGGCUAGUUGCAAAAACAACACAAUUGGAGGGCGAGAAAAUGCAGAAAGAGACUGAAGUUCAAAAACUUAUGGAAGAGAAUGUGAGGUUGAGUGCCCUCCUUGACAAGAAAGAGGCUCAACUUCUGGCCAUGAAUGAACAAUGCAAGGUAAUGGCCCUGAAUGCUUCAAAUAUAUGAUUUGGUGUUGUUAUCUUGUUACACACAAGCAGGUGGCUUGUGGUGAAUGGUUGCUUCUUUCAAGAUCAAUGAUCAAUCCGCCAGAAGAUUCGGAGAUUGAGGAAUUCUGAAUAACGGAGCAUCUCGGAUCCCUUUUCCAAAAUGUAACAUUCGAAAGAGCUUAGUGAACUUAUUUACUAGUACCAUUCUUGUGCUUUGUAAAAUUGAAGCGACAAAAAUAUUGAUCAAAAUAGUUGUGUUGUGAGAACGAAAUUUGUCCAACUAAUCAAAUUGUUGAUGUGUUUCGCAUCAUUUAGAUAA